UAACAAAAAAAUAAAUUAGAAUGAAAAACCUGUAACUAAGCAUUUAAGUGUCUUGAACUUAGUGAGCCUAAAUAAGUACCUUGACACACAUAAGUAGUCCUCUGGAUAUAUGGUGAACGCUCGAAAUUGUUUAAAGCAACGAAUUUAAAACUUUACUAAGUGCUUGAACACUAUAUUGAUGACAUAAAAUGAACUUGUCAAUUGAGGUGGCUCCUCAGUAUUUAUCAUUCCUGGAUUCGUGAAGCUGGUGAUUAGCUGAAGAAUUUGUAAACAAAAGCUCUAAAGAUUUCACCAUCAUUGGUUAGGCCAUUGUAUCGGUGUCUUUUAAUGUAUAUCCUAACUGAUAAAAUAUCUAAUUUUCUUGCAAAUAGAUGAUAAAGAGAAAGUAGGAGACUCAAUUCUUGCUAAAAAUUCAUUAAAAUCUUACUCUAUGCCACGAGUAUUCAAUGAUGAAUCGUUGAAAGAGUCUUCAGAGGUUUCAAAUAAAUCAGAAAUCAACCUAAAUAAAUCCUCAGCUCAAGGAAGAGAUAUUUCAUAUAAGCAGAGAAACAAUUCAAAUGAAUUCAAUGAUUUUUCUGGAAUUUAACACUGGAAUUCAUAAUUUAAAGGGGGCUCAUUCAGAAGCGUCAAAUUUAGAAAUCUCAAAACUGAAAGAUACAACGGACCAGAAGGUUAAUAAAAAUAUUAAAAUGAAGCCUGUUAUUUCAAGUCUUAAGCAAAUUGAUCCUAAAAGAGUCAUGAGUCAAGAGACGAGCCCUCAAAAGAAGAGGAAGAAUAAAGUGGUUCAGCUUAAAAACGCUUAUUGUUCAAGUUCACAAAGUAAUCUGAGAUUCUUGAAGACUCAUAUGAAGAAUCCCAAAGCAUAUGAGAAUCAAUCUCAAGCUAAUUUCCCAAAAACUGAGAGAGAAGCAGUUUUUAAGAGAACUAAUCUGGGAUUCAAUCAGAAAGAUAGAAAUAGAAGGCUGGCAAAGAGCGGGUCAUGGAGAGAAGAGAUCAGCAGUGCAUUUGCUUCACAGAGAGCACCAGUGAUUCCUGCAAUCUUUAGAAACAAAAGCAAUAGAUCACCUGAAAAUAAACCAAGGUUAGUAGAAGGGACUAAAACUCCAAGUUUAAAAUCUAAAAUACUAAGAAAGGAAACAAACAGCAAAGUUCCACAAACCAAAAAUAGCAAGACCUACACUGAUAGAUUUUCUUCAAUCAAAGAAGAAGUUCCAAAGAGAAAUAUGGGGAUUUCAAAUGAGAAUUUCACUCUCACAGAUCGUGAAAUUGAAAUAGCUCGCUUGAUUGGAGAUAACAAGAAGGACCUAAUCAAGAACACACUUGAAGAGCAGGAUAACAUAAAGCAGCUAGCUAAGAUAAUGAUCAACCUUAAGGAGAAAAGUGGUCAAGGAAAUAUUGCAGCAUCUCUGCCAGAAAGAUAUACAAUUGAAGAAAUGCUUAAUGUUAUUGAUACUAAUCUUGAUUCAAAUUUAAAAUCUAGGAGACUUCACCCAGAUAAAGAAAAGAGCAAAAAGGUUAUUAUUCCAUCUAGUUUUGCUCAGAAUCAAGAUAAAGAGAUGUUUCAAUUUUUGAUGAACAAUCAACCUCUGGAGGAAGAAAAAGUAAAAGUGGUUGUUAGUGACGACAAUACCAAGAUCAACCAGAUAGAAAAUAAAAUUUCUAAUAUUCAAAUGUUACAUGAUAUGAACACAUUCAGAUUUUUCAAAGAUUUUUCUUUCCCAAUAGAAAUUGAAAGCCUCAAAGCAUUCUGCAAGUUAAAUGAGAAGAGUUUACACACAAAAAUGAUUAAAAAUUUAAUGGUCUUUGAAAGACUGUUCAUAGAUUAUGAAGAAAAUACUGAAAAGAAGGGUGAGCCUGAUAUCCAAACAAUGAUCAAAUAUAUUCAAGAAGGAUCAUUAUCAAAAUCUAAUUUCUGUUCUCUUAAAUAAUAUCAAAAAUAUUGAAAAAGAAUACGCUUCUCACCCAGAAAUGACGGACGACUUAAGAAAGCACUUGCAACAAAAAUUUUCUACCAAAUUCUCGAUGAACGAGAGAAAACAAAUGCAGAUAAUGAAGUUAUGGAUGAAUUACAUGAAAGAACAAUUUGUAGAAAAAGAUAGUAAUAGCCUCCUUAAUAAACUCAGAAAUUCACAAGUCAUCAUGUGAUUCUCUAUCUGAUAUCUCUGCCAACAACUUGCUAUUGAGUGCAAAGAAAAGAGCGAUAUUUUAUCAACCAUUUUAGAGCUCUACUUUAACAUAUUUAAUAACUAUGAGACUGUUAUUGAGAGCCGACUUGAGGCAAGAAAGAAAAACAUUAUGAAGCAAGAAAUGGAGCGCCUUGAAAAACAAUAUAAGGAAUUAAAGGAUAACUUGUACAAAGAAUACUCCACUCCUUAUAGACCUUCAGUUGUAACCAACUCUAAAAAGAAGGAAGAAAUUCCUACAUCUCAUAUUAAAAAGCAAGAAAGAAGGAAGAUUCCUCAGAAAUCUCCGAAACCUACAGAAAAGAAGUCAAGUCCUAAAAGGAAAUAGUCAACUCUACACUACUCCCUUAAAGAAGGAAGAUAAUGUUGAAGAAGAGCAAAAAGAUAAAUCCUGUAACCCAAUCUUAGAUGAAACAAUUUCAAAUAUCAAAUUUCAGAAUGAAUCUUUUGAAGAACAAAAGGAAUUCUUGAUGACAGACUCUACUUCUGAAGCCAGUUAUUCGACAAUAUGAGUGGAUAUCCCUAGUAGAAGAUGUCAAUCCACCGGGUUCCCAACUUAUAAGAAGAUAUCAAUGGGAGAAAUUGAGAGUCAGUGCAAGACUGAAGUAACAGAAGUGGGUGAACCUAAGCCAUUCGCUGAUGCAAAGAUACAAACUGAUGAUGUGGAGAUGUAUAAAUUAUCGUCCAAUAAUCAUAUCUUCCACCUUGCUCAGAAUUCCUACUUGACUCCUGUUGAACAAAGGUUAAUAGAUAAGCUUAAUAUUGAGUCUAAGAAGGGGUCUAGACAGAACAAGAUUAUAUCUCUGUUAAUGAAGAAUAGUGACUAUAGCCUUCGUGUCCAGGAUUGACACCACUCAGAUAAGCUUAAUGCUUUACUAGACUCUGAAUAUAUGAUGCCAAUUUAUUAUAACAAUUUAUACGAGAAGAUUGAUAAAAUGCUAGCUGCAGGAGAAGAGUUCAGGUAUGGAUCUGAACCUACAGAGACUAUUAACUCUGAAGAAAAUGAAGAUUUCUCUGAAGUCGAUCUCGAUGAUUCAGAUGAAGUAUUUAAUUCCACUGAUCGUUAUAAGAAUAUACCAAAAUCCUUGCUGAAGACUAUAUCAAGUUUAAAGAAAUCAGGGUUGAAUUUGACCAGAAAGGAUUUGGUGCACAAGUUCAGUGAUAAAUUAAUGGAUGGAAAGAACCCUUCUAAUUACAAGAAGAAGAAAAGUAACUCAGAUCUUGAACAAGUAAAUCUUGAAGAAGAGAAAAGACUUUAUGAAGAAACCAAAGCUCUCCUUGAUGAAGAGAUAGACGGAUUUGAAGAUGCUGAAGAAUUAGAGGCUGAACUGCCAAGAAGAAUACAUGAAGCUAUGGCCAACCUUGAAAAGAGAAUGAAGUAUCUUAAGAAGGAUGAAUUUGGAGACCCCAUUAUUGAAGAUGGUUAUCUUGAAGAACCAAGAGGAAAGAACUUACAACUCUCUGCAUUGAGACUGUCAAACUUGCUUGGAAUGUUAUUCAAAUAAGAAUCCUCUUCCUGAAUUCCAAGAUGAAAUCAAUAAAUUGAUGCUGAAUUUUUCUUCCAGUGGAGAGCCAGAUCUUGAUGAAGUAAAGAACAAGAUUAUGACUGGAAAAGGACUGGGAGGAAUUCUUGGAAUGAUCCAGAAAAAUAUGCAAAAGACUAAAGCAGUCACAAAGAACAUGGGAGGGUUGAAUAAUUAUCCUCCAGGAUUUAGUCCAUCAAGAAGAAAAUCAUCUUUUGUUAAUUUUGAUAAAGGCAAAAAGGGAAGUGGAUUAGCAGAUAUCGCAAGGACUUUAAUGAAAAAUAAGAAUAGUCCUGGAAAUGGGAUCAAUUUUGCAACGAGUCCAGGCUCAGGAACUGGAUCAGAUUAUUAUUACUGAAAGAAUUGAGGCUCUAAAGUUCCAGCAAAGGAUGAUAAAGAGAUUCAAACUGAUAGUACAGAUAUCUCAGAAGGUAUAAAAAUAAAAGAACCUUCAAGAAGAAAAAGUAGAAGAGGCUCAGUACUUGAUCCUAACAAAAUCGUAAAGCAUCUCCCAACCCAGCAAAACUUUGGUGAUGGUCUAUUGAGUAGCUUAACAAAAAGAAUGGAAACUAAAUCAUUCAAGAAUAACAAUAACCAAAAGAUAAAAACAACAAAGAAACAAGGAUUUAACUUCAACCACCCCUCAGCAACUAUGAAUUUUACAAACUACGAAGGAUUUGCAACUCCAAAUUCUCGGGACCCGUUUAGCUUUAGACUGUUUAAUCUUAGCAAAUCUGGAUUUUCUGGUUCAGCAAAAGGAUUCAAGCUGCCCAAUUUCAUAUUCAUCUUUGUUCAAAAAUAUCGUCAAGGGCAUAAAUCUGUGAAAUCAGUGAACAAUCUAUCAAUGAAAAUGAUGAUUAAGCAAAUGUCUCAAUUUUAUUCAGAAAAAGUGAGUCAGGCCAAAGACUCUGUAAACAUCAGAAAUGCUACUAUCUUAGAAUUCGUAUACGAAUAUCUACAAAAUAGAUAUGGAAAGACACCCAUUUUGGAAAGAAAAGUUAAAGAGAUUCUCCUGACUACUCUCAAAAAUGAAGCAAAAUUUAAAAGUAUAAAGCUUUUUGCAAAGUUUAUGGGGAUUUCACUUACAUCAGCAUACACAAAUGAUGAUCUUUCAAUGUAUUAUAUUCUAAACAGACAGUUCUAUAUCAAUGAUGCCUAUGUAGAAGCUAAUUCUGUGAAGAGAGAGUUCAACUUCAACAAUGGGAAGAUGAAUGUUGGAAGAGUCCUUGAUCAGAUAAGGCUAUAUUUUUCAGUCAAAGUGUCUCCUAAAAAUAUGGCUAAACUAGUCUCUGAAAUUCAAUCGAAGCUGCCAGGUCAUGAGAAAGAAGGGAAUUCCAAAUCAAGAUUUGCUCAAGAUCCAUCCUCCAAAGAUCUUUAUGGGCAAGUAAUCGAUUGUGAAGAUGUGUAUUUUGCGUGCAUAAAAUCCUACCAGAACUACAAACAGAAUAUAGUUCAAUAUUUCCUAGAUAAAAAUCUUAUAACAGUCGAGAACGACGAGGAAGACUCAAUAGAUACAGGAUCAAUUAUUGAGGAAAAGGAGGAACUGAUGGAAGAAUCAUUUAACGAAGAAAACAAGAGUGAUUUCUUGAACCCAACACCAAGAGCCAAGAAAGUGAAGAAGCCUAUAAAUGUGAAGGAUAUAAUGCUGGACCAGGUGUAUUCAUUUGACGAGUUCAAGAACAUCUUCAACUCCAUUAAUAAGUCGGUCCAGUUCACCAGUGACUCUCUUGAAGUCAUAUUUGAUAAAUAUUCUCUAUUUAAGGGGGAAGAGAAGAAAAUCACUUUGGAAUCAAUUGCAGCAAUUGUGUUCAAAUUUGAAAUCUUGGCUAUAUAAAUGAUAAUUGUUGCUAUUUCAAUCU